GGUUCCUGCUAUAAAAGGAAGUUCGUGGACGGCAGCUGUAGUAGCGAUUGGCUAAAUUGCGAGGUUCGGUACUAGGUACAGCUCGAAAAAGUUGGCUCAUUUAGUGGCCGCAACACCGCGAAUCAAACCCACGCGAAUAUGGACAAGAUUCAGCCCCUUUUUGGCGGCCAAGUGCGCCUUUCGCUCGCUGAAUCCGUGGGCAAUAAGGUGGCAGUCCUCGACGCGGACUGCGAUCCUGACGCGCUUGAGCGCCGCCGUAGCGGUGCGCUGAUUUGUGCGUGCCCGCGGGAAUUUGACAGCGUGCGCGAGUUCGAGAGUCACUACGCCAGCCGCCACCGACUCACGUGCGCGCAGUGCCGCGCUGCCAUGCCGACAGAGCGCCUGCUUGAACUGCAUAUCGCCGAAUCUCAUGACCCCAUCUUUGCGGCACGUCCCAAAUAUGAAUGCGUGGUCGAAGGCUGCCCGGAGCACUUUGCAAGUUGGGCGGACCGCAAAAUGCACGCAAUAGAUGCGCACAGGUAUCAAGCAGGCUUCGCCUACUUCCCACAUGCACCUUCGCCUAACAAGCGUCAAUCGAAGACUGGCCAACACAGUUGCGUGCCGAGGCGUAUUUGCUUUGGCCGCGGUUCCCCAGUUGCAUGGCACCGCCAGAGACCACCGUCCACUUCGCAAACUGCACGAGACAUUGACAUGAAAGACAUUGCUAAUGCGUUGGACACUUAGUACGCUGAGGUUCUGCGUACCAUCAUACACCAAGUAGCUUUUUCUUGCAGUGUGCCAAACAGCCUAUGGUGCACAUUUCUAGAUAUGAGGAAUGCGCGAAACGUCUUGACAGUACCGCAAUAUUCUCUGUAUACUGGCAAAAACAAUUCUGGCAAAACAUGCAACAUUUGGAACUUAACUUUGUUUCGUGAAAUUAAAAUUUCUGGAAGAUCCCACGCACUAUGGGAAUCAGCG